AUGGUGGAUCUCUCGUGGGUGCUGGGACGCGCUAGAGUCUCCUUCACCAAUUGUGCCAAACCCGUAACCAUUGUUACCAAGUCCGGCCAAUCCGUCCCGCUGCCCGAACUGAUCAAGGAUGUGACUCCUCCAUGCCACCUCAAUCCGCUGCUGUUCAACGGCCAUCUGCAGACCGCAUACACCGUCGUGAAGGGUUUCGAUAUCCCUGUCAUCUACAAGCGCAAGGUCUUUACCUCGAACAAUCCGGCCGUUCCCGGAACCUUUGCUGUCGACUUUGUCCAUCGUAUCACUUCCAACGAGGUUGACUCCACGCUGCCUCCGCGCACAACCUAUUUUACCGACCAGGAGUUCGGUGAGGUCGGCUCCAAUGACACCAAGCCCAUGCUUGUUACCCUCCACGGCCUGGCCGGUGGCAGCAAUGAAAUCUACCUGCGCCAUGUGCUUGCUCCGCUGACCACCGAGGAAGGUGGCUGGGAGGCUUGCGUUGUGAACUCCAGGGGGUGUGCCAUGAGCAAAAUCACCACCAACGUCCUGUACAACGCCCGUGCCACGUGGGACGUGAGACAGGUGGUACACUGGCUCAGGGAGAAGUUUCCCAAUAGGCCCCUUUUCGGCAUUGGCUUUUCUCUAGGCGCCAACAUCAUGACCAACUAUCUUGGCGAAGAGGGCGAAAAUUGCCAGCUCAAAGCAGCUAUAGUUUGCUCGAAUCCCUGGAAUUUGGACGUCUCCAGUGAAGUGCUGAAAAGCAGCUGGAUGGGACUGCACGUCUACCAGAAGGCUAUGGGAAGUAGCAUGAGGAGACUUUUCGACAGACACGCUGAAGAGAUUGCAAAGAACCCAAACAUUGAUGAUGAGGAAAUCCGAAACUGCACCUAUCUUUACGAGUUCGACAGAGCUGUACAGUGCGGAAGUUGGGGAUAUCCCACCGAGAGAGCAUACUACCGAGACGCUUCGUCUUGUGAUUCUAUGCUCGCCAUCAAAAUCCCUUUUCUUGCCAUCAACGCCGAGGACGACCCAAUCUCCGUGAAGGAAGCCAUCCCGUUCGAGGAAUUCAAGCAAAACCCGUACGCCGUGCUGUGCUCCACUUCGCUAGGUGGCCAUCUCAGCUGGUUCCAGAGCAACGGUGACCGUUGGUUUGCCAAUGCUUCCGUCGCUUUUCUGAGGAAGAUGGCCGAAGAUGCCGAUUUUGCCGCCACAAAGAACUUCAAUGCACAGAACACCAACGGGUCUGCGGGAAGUCGAGGUAGACCGUUCGUUUUCGAGCCAGUGCGCCGUAAGCUGCACAUUCCGAAAGACCACGCCGAGUAG